AUGUCAGAUACAGCCAAAUUAACUAAGAAGCAGAAGAAGGCGUUAGAUUUCCGUCAGAAGAAGUCCAAGGACUCCACCGAGGAAGAUACUUCGGCUAACACAGAGAAAGAUAAUAAGAAAAGAGCAGCAGACGCUGAAGGUACAUCAGAAACUGGUGAAGAGCCUAAAAAGAAGAGAAAAACAAGAAGAGGUAAGAAAGGCAAAGGUGUAAAUGAAGGAAAAGGACCUCGUUUUAUUUUGUUUGUGGGUAAUUUGCCAUAUAACGUCACUCAACCCGAACUUGUUUCUCACUUCAAGAAUUCGAAUCCUGAUAGAAUAAGAUUAAGACAAGAUAAAGGGAUUGCAUUUAUGGAAUUUGAUAAUGAUAGUAGAGAAAUUCAAAGUAAAAUGGAGUUGGCAUUAAGAAUGCAUCAUUCUACGCUUAGGAAUAGAAAAAUCAACGUUGAGUUAACGGUUGGUGGAGGAGGUAACUCUGAUAAUAGAGUAAAUAAAUUGAAAGAAAAGAAUGAGAAAUUAGAGGAUGAAAGAAGAUCUAGAGUUACCAAAGACGGUAAGAAAGGUGAAGUUCCAGAAGGUGUUCACCCAUCCAGAGCAGCUUUAUUAAGCUGA